CACAGUUGAUACACGUAAUUCUUCAGGCGUUCUCUGACUAAAAAAGAGACAACAAAAUGGUUAAGUCAAGUAGCGCACUACUAAUUGCUGGCUUCAUUUGUUUGAUGAGUCUACAAAGUCUCACUGCACUCAGUGAAGACGCUGACAAGUUAUCUGGAAAGCGCAAGCCACUGAUGACGCGCGAGGAUCCUUCAACUUUGGAGGAUUACAAACGCACCAAACGCCAAUUGCCGCAACCGCUGCAAGAGUUUCAAGAUUUUGUAACAACUUCGAAGAACCAAUGCGCAAAAGAAAUGAAUAUUAAUUCGAAUGAAUUGCAAAAAUCGUUGCUUUACGAAGAUCAACCGACUUCCAUGGAGAAGUGUAUGAUGGAGUGUAUUUUGAAGCGCAUAGAAGUGAUGAGCAAAGACGACACGUUGUCGACGACGGCGAUUGCAUACAUCGCUGACAUCAUUGGCGAUAAUAAUGCCUUAAUAACGUCAAUUGCUGUGGCCUCAGCUGAGAAUUGUAAAAAGUUCAUCACUGCGGAAGAUUCUUGUGAGCGCGCUUUUCAAAUUAAUAAAUGCAUCGCCGCUGAAAUGAAAAUGCGCAAAAUUAAGCUCAUCUAUUAGAGAAAAGGCAAUAGGUAAAAUAUUACUUAUGUAUGUAUAGUUAUAAAUUAAUUUGACAUUUCGAUUAAAUGUCGGGAAAGCAAUUUUAAGCUAAAUUUGUUUGAAAAAAGUACUGUAAAUAAAUCUUUCGCAAUAAUCA